UGGUUAGACCAGGUUAGACAGAGACAGCGCUUGACACCCGGAGGACCAGUUGCUGUCAUUCGCACACAUUUGACCGGAAGUGAACGCGUUUUUGUCAAUAAUUGCUAUGUGUAAUCGUUUGUAUUUCGUAUGAAGAGAAUUGAAGUGCAAUUGCAUUAAAAAGUAACAUCUUGUGACGUGGCAGCCUUAACCAUGCAAAGUCUCAUCCCGUUUCGAUUGAAAAGAACGCUGGAGAAAAUAACAUAACAGCUGAUCACAGCUGACACUUGACAGAAAAAGUUCCCCUUUACCGCGCCUAGGCUAGGCCUAGCGUACCGCUCGCGCGACUCGCGAGUCGCGGCCGUCAUGUCCUCUUACGGCACGUGCGGAUAGUACAUGCGAAGUGUGCGGUGUGCUGUGAGGUUGACAUAACCUCAAAGCGCGUCGUUAUGCACGGUCGAGCCGCGACGGACGGCUUGCGAGCGUUUUGAGGUCGUCGCGACGGGAUCGCGCGCGCACUUCAUUGUCUCAUCAUUGAAUCAUUCGCCUAAUUGAAAGAAACAGGAGGACAUGGCGAUCGCCAACGCCUUACUGCGGCUAAACGUCGCGAGGCUCACCGGAAUCAGGCAUUUAAGUACAAAACCAAAAUUUGGUUUACUUUUUGAUAUUGACGGCGUCAUAAUACGUGGUAAAGAGAUACUACCACCAGUAAAAGAAUCUUUUAAACGGCUGCAAGGGAACAAUGGAAAAUUUCGCAUUCCCACGCUGUUCGUCACCAAUAGCGGAAAUUCUCUGCGUAAGCAAAAAGCAGCAGAACUAUCAAAAUGGAUAGGCGUUGAAGUCACGGAGUCACAAGUUGUCCUGGCCCACUCACCAUUGCAAAUGUUCAACUCUCUUCAUGACAAACAAGUUCUCAUAUCCGGUCAAGGUCCAAUAACUGAUAUAGCCCAAGAACUGGGCUUCAAGAAAACGACAACUAUAGAGGAACUGGCGAAAAACUUUCCAUCUUUAGAUUACGUAAACGUAAAGAAAAGAAAUCCUAUUUGCGGUCCCAUUGACCCAAACUUCCCACAAAUCGAAGGAAUCGUGCUCUUGAGCGAGCCAGUAAUUUGGGAAACAUCGUUGCAAUUAAUGGUAGAUCUUUUGCUUACCAACGGAAUGCCCACGGUAUUGCCUACUGCUGUUCCAUAUCCACACAUUCCAGUGUUGGCAUGCAACAUGGAUUUGCUAUGGGCGUCGCAGGCACCGAUCCCUCGAUACGGCCACGGUGCUUUCUUAUUGUGUCUUGAGAGCUUGUACAAGAAAGUCACAGGGAAAGACAUGACAUACACCGUUCUAGUCGGAAAGCCUAGUGAAAUUACGUAUUACCAUGCCAACCAAAUGCUCGUUAAUCACGCCAGAAGCAUUGGCAUAGACAAUAUCGACACGAUUUAUGCUAUUGGCGACAAUAUUAAUACCGAUAUUUUCGGCGCGAAUUUAUACGACAAAUAUCUAUCCCACUAUGGAUCCGGGGAGGGUACUAAGACUCGCAGCCUGGAGAAACUCCUUGGGAAUAAUAUGAGGGAUCCCAGCGUGAAGGCCUGCAUUAGUAUUUUAGUUGAGACUGGUGUGCACCAGCGAGAUUCCAAAUUCAUACCAGAACAUAGUCCUAGAGAUUUCUUGCCGGUCGACGAUAGUCUAUGUAAACCGGCAUUUAUUGUGAAGGACGUCGGACAAGCUAUUAAUCUCGCGUUUCAAGAAGAAAAGUUUGAAUAAGUUAGUGUAUAAUAGAUAGUCUUGGGAUAUUCAUAUCCUUAUAUCUUUGGAGAAAAAAAGAGAUAUAUAUAGAAAGAGAAGGGAAGAGUGUGCAUGAUAACGUAAGUAUUAUAGCAAAUAAUCUUUUAAAAAGUGUUAGUCUUCAUCAUAGACGAUGUUUCGCAGCAAAGAAAUAGAAAAUAGCAAGAGAGGCUAUAAUAUGUUAUGAAGAUAUAAUAUAUUUAGAGAGAGAGGGGGGGGGGUUUUAAAUAUCUCUGAUUCUUUUCAACUGCCUUAACAGAUAUAUUUAACAAAAGAGAAACAAAUUUUAAUACUUUUUGUGAUUUUAUCAAUUAAAAAAAAACUACAUGAAAAAUAAAUUCAGGAUAAUUUAUAUUGUGUAGAUAGUACAAUAUAUAAAAAAUAAUAUUGUACAUACAGUUGAGAUGAUAAAUAGACGUAUAUAAAAGAUUUUUAUUACGAAUUUAAGUACAUUUAUGACUAUAUUUACUACUAAAAUAAAAUUUUGUUUAGACAACAGUCUGAUACAUACCCCAGGGAUAAUUUGAUAUCUAUUUAAUACUAAAAUCUUACAUGAUUCGACACGUUGUGCACGAACAAAUUCUAAGUUACACCUUAUUAUAUCAUUCUGUCAUAGAUAUACGGUAAACUGAACUGAAUAUAUUUUGUCCGCAAAGUGCACUGUGCAUUACGUCUUACUUAGUCGAAAGCAAUGCAAGAUAUGUAAAAGUAUCUUAUAUGUAUAACGCUCCAUAGUAAAAAAACAAUAGACUUAUGUAACUGGAUUGCUCUUAAAAUUUACAGCUAAUUUACACUGUGUUCCGAGGAUUAUAUACAAAAGUGUAAUCUAUACUAAAAAUAAUAGUAUGUAUAAAUUAUACUUCAAAAUAUAUGUACGUAUACAUAUAUAGUCAGGUCUAGUCUUAAAAUGCAGCUCGUUAGCAAAUACGAGUAAAUAAAAAACAGAAAGAUAUUUGUUGUAACAAAGACUAAAGGAAAUUACCUUUGAUCGCGUAAAUAGAUCUAUUAAAAUCUAUUAAAUAAAUUCGAAACAAUCGAUAAGAUUUUAUUACGAAUUUAUUAUUGUGAAAUAACGUCGAUUUUUGGAAACAAGGAUUGGUGUAUGUAGAAUGUAUUUUAAAAUUUUCUUUUUUACAACUAUUCUAAGAUCACUUCUCAAUUUUAAAAAUAUAAAAUUUAAUUCUGAAAUUAAAUUGUUGUGCAUUCUUCUCGACUCAUUAAUUUCUUUUUGUACAAGAUAUUUCGAAAUGUGUAGAUAAUAGAAAUAAAUUUUAGAAACGCUUUAUUCAAUUUUUAUUAAAACUUUUAUUAAUCGAUUCUAAACUAAAAUACUUAAGGUGCCAUUCGUGCUGAGAUAUUCUACGUAUAAAAGUCGCAUGAAUUGACGACAAGCUAAUUCGAAGAUAAAAGCGCACAUUUAUAUUUUGUACUUGCUCUUACGAGCGAUUUUGACACAAUGAUAGAAUCAAAUAAUGAUCAACGCGUUAAUGUCCGUCAGGACAAAGACUGAUCAGUUAAAUAGGAUUUAAUGAACAUCAUGAACAAACCGGCUUACCAAUCAUUCGCGACAAUGAGGUAUCGUGCAACGGUCAAAGUUACAACGAUCACAUGCCAAUAAAAGUUCUGCCUCUGUCGCCAGUAUCACUUGAUAGUUGAUGAAAAAAAAAGAGAUACACUAUACUAAGUACAAAACACUCAUCUACAUACAUAUUAUACAUGAUCUUUAAUGAUUUUGUUAAAUUCUUAUACAUAUUAUAUACAUAUAUUUAAAAUUAUAAAGUUUUUGUAUAUAAUUAUUUACAUAUUUUUCAUAUUCACAUAUCUAUGCAUAAUAUGUAUUUUAGUAUGGUGCAUCUUUUUUAUAUUCAAGGCAAUUUUAUUAUAUGUGUAGAGGAAUAUCUCGUUUCAUCGAGAGCAAUAUAUCAAUAUUAUAUCUCCUAGCUAUAUCAAAUGUAAAAUUUUCAGAUGAUGUAGCCUCUGUGACUUUUAUGGAGCAAAUUAGAAUUUAUUUUAAUAAAUCGCAGGUUUGUUUAUU